UGAUAAUAGUCAUUUUUCCCACUUCUGAAGUAGUAUAGCUGUCCCACAGGAGUUGGCUCUCCGCCCAGGCCACCCCCCAGGUCUUUGACCUUCUGCCAUCCCCCAGCCAGAGGCUGAACCCAGGUGCCCUGCAGCCAGUCCUAACAGAUCCCAACCUGCACGAGAUCUACCUGAUUUCCACCUUCAAGCUGCAGAGUAAAAGCUCAGCCACCAUCUUUGGCCUCUACUCCUCAAGUGACAACAGCAAAUACUUUGAAUUCACUGUGAUGGGACGCUUGAACAAAGCCAUCCUCCGUUACCUGAAGAAUGAUGGGAAGAUCCAUUUGGUGGUUUUCAACAACUUGCAGUUGGCUGAUGGGAGGCGCCACAGGAUUCUCCUGAGACUGAGCAAUUUGCAGAGAGGGACCGGGUCCAUAGAACUGUACGUGGACUGUGCCCAGGUGGAUUCAGCACACAACCUCCCUGGAGCAUUUUCCGGCCUUACCCAGAACCCAGGGUCCAUUGAACUGAGGACGUUCCAGAGGAAGCCACAGGACUUCUUGGAAGAGCUGAAGCUGGUGGUGCGGGGCUCGCUGUUCCAGGUGGCCAGCUUACAAGACUGUUUCCUGCAGCAGAGUGAGCCACUGGCUGCCACUAACACAGGAGACUUCAAUCGACAGUUCUUGGGCCAAAUGACACAAUUAAACCAACUCCUUGGAGAGGUGAAGGAUCUUCUAAGGCAACAGGUCAAGGAAACAUCAUUUUUGCGAAACACUAUUGCUGAAUGCCAGGCUUGUGGUCCCCUCAGCUUUCAGUCCCCAACCCCAAACACACUGGUGCCCAUAGCUCCUCCAGCACCCCCAACUCGCCCAACUCGCCCAACACGCCGGUGUGAUUCCAGCCCCUGCUUCCGAGGUGUCCGAUGCACAGACACCAGGGAUGGCUUCCAGUGUGGACCCUGCCCAGAUGGCUACACAGGGAAUGGAAUCACUUGCUCUGAUGUGGAUGAGUGCAAAUACCAUCCCUGCUAUCCAGGUGUGCGAUGUGUGAACUUGGCUCCAGGCUACAGAUGUGAUGCCUGCCCAGUAGGCUUCACAGGGCCCAUGGUGCAGGGUGUUGGGAUCAACUUUGCUAAGACAAACAAGCAGGUGUGCACUGAUGUUGACGAGUGUCGACAUGGAAAUGGAGCGUGUGUUCAGAAUUCUAUCUGCAUCAACACUUUGGGAUCUUAUCGCUGUGGGCCUUGCAAACCAGGGUACACUGGUGACCAGACAAGGGGGUGCAAGACUGAAAGAAACUGCAGGAACCCAGAGCUGAACCCGUGCAGUGUGAAUGCACAGUGCAUUGAAGAGAGGCAGGGAGAUGUGACAUGUGUGUGUGGUGUUGGUUGGGCUGGUGACGGCUAUGUCUGUGGAAAGGAUGUAGACAUUGACAGUUACCCCGAUGAAGAACUGCCAUGUUCUGCCAGGAAUUGCAAGAAGGAUAACUGCAAGUAUGUGCCAAACUCUGGCCAGGAAGAUGCAGAUGGAGACGGCAUUGGAGAUGCGUGUGAUGAGGAUGCUGAUGGAGACGGGAUCCUGAAUGAGCAGGACAACUGUGUCCUGACUCACAAUGUAGACCAAAGGAACAGUGAUAAAGAUAUCUUUGGGGAUGCCUGUGACAACUGCCGGACUGUCCUAAAUAAUGACCAGAGGGAUACUGACGGGGAUGGAAAAGGAGAUGCAUGUGAUGACGACAUGGAUGGAGAUGGAAUAAAAAACAUUUUGGACAACUGCCCCAGAGUUCCCAACCGUGACCAGCGGGAUCGGGAUGGUGAUGGUGUUGGAGAUGCUUGUGACAGCUGUCCUGAUGUCAGUAACCCUAAUCAGUCAGAUGUGGAUAAUGAUCUGGUUGGGGACUCUUGUGACACCAACCAGGACAGUGAUGGGGAUGGCCACCAGGACAGCACAGACAACUGCCCCACCGUUAUUAAUAGUGCCCAGCUGGACACUGAUAAGGAUGGAAUUGGCGAUGAAUGUGAUGAUGACGAUGACAACGAUGGUAUCCCAGACCUGGUGCCCCCUGGCCCAGACAACUGUCGGCUGGUUCCCAACCCAGGCCAGGAAGAUAGCAACAGUGAUGGAGUAGGGGAUAUCUGUGAAGCUGACUUCGACCAGGACCAGGUCAUCGAUCGCAUUGAUGUCUGCCCUGAGAAUGCAGAGAUCACCCUGACUGACUUCAGGGCUUACCAGACUGUGGUCCUGGACCCUGAAGGGGAUGCCCAGAUCGACCCCAACUGGGUGGUCCUGAACCAGGGCAUGGAAAUUGUGCAGACCAUGAACAGUGACCCUGGCCUAGCAGUGGGGUACACGGCAUUUAAUGGAGUCGACUUUGAAGGGACCUUCCACGUAAAUACCCAGACAGAUGAUGAUUAUGCUGGCUUUAUUUUUGGUUACCAAGACAGCUCCAGCUUCUACGUGGUCAUGUGGAAGCAGACAGAGCAGACAUACUGGCAGGCCACGCCGUUCCGCGCAGUAGCAGAACCUGGCAUUCAGCUCAAGGCUGUGAAGUCUAAAACUGGCCCAGGGGAACAUCUCCGCAACUCCCUGUGGCACACGGGGGACACCAGCGACCAGGUCAGGCUGCUGUGGAAGGAUUCCAGGAAUGUGGGCUGGAAGGACAAGGUGUCCUACCGCUGGUUCCUUCAGCACAGGCCCCAGGUGGGCUACAUCAGGGUGCGGUUUUACGAAGGCUCGGAGUUGGUGGCUGACUCUGGGGUCACCAUAGAUACCACCAUGCGUGGAGGUCGGCUCGGUGUGUUCUGCUUCUCUCAAGAAAACAUCAUCUGGUCCAACCUCAAGUACCGCUGCAAUGACACCAUACCAGAGGACUUCCAGGAGUUCCAGACCCAGAGUUUCGACCGCUUGGAUAAUUAA